CGCGUGACUACAACAAAGCGGUGGAACAGCAGACAUAAAUAAACAUUUGACAAUCUCAUUCCAUGUUGGAAUUAAAAAUUUGUCUCACAUAUGUUAUUCUAUUACUGAAAUAGUGGAAGCUGUACGUAUUGAACACUAGUCGGCGUUAGUUCUGUCUACACUGUGAAAGCGGUAUAUAUGAAGUGGUAAUUUGCUAACUUGCAAUCUUCGAGAAUGUUUUACACACCGGAAGAAAUUGAUGCUGUCAAUGUACCAAAUAUACAGAAUCUGUUACAUUUAGAUCCCUGGUUAGAACCUUUCAAAUAUGAGAUCAAACGCAGAUAUAAAUGCUUUUUAGACCAUAUGAAGUGGAUAAAUGAUGUUUCUGGUUUGGAAGAAUUUACUCAGGGUUACAAGGAAUUCGGGGUUCAUGUACGUAAUGACGGAUCAAUAUACUGCAAAGAAUGGGCUCCUGGGGCGAAAGAAUUGUAUUUGAGAGGAGAUUUUAAUGAUUGGCAGGAAUUUACUCAUCCUUUCAAAAAUGUGGGUUUUGGGAAAUGGGAGUUAACAAUACCAUCUGCUAAUGGUUCACCUGUGAUAAAGCAUCUUUCGAAAAUCAAGCUUUUGGUGGUCGCUCAAGAUGGCCGCCGACUGGAUAGAUUGAGUCCAUGGGCUCCGUAUGUUAAAUGCUUUGAAGGGAAUAUCAUUUAUGACCAAUUAUUGUACAAUCCUUCUGAGAGAUACCAACUUAAAUAUCCACAUCCUCCACGGCCUAAAAGCCUUCGGAUUUACGAGUGUCACAUUGGCAUUUCGUCAUCUGAACCGGUUGUCGCAUCUUAUACUCAUUUCAAGGACAAUAUUUUGCCUCGAAUUAAAGAUCUAGGUUAUAACGCGAUUCAGAUAAUGGCGCUAAUGGAACAUGCUUAUUAUGCUUCGUUCGGAUACCAGGUGACUAGCUUCUUUGCUGCCUCAAGUCGCUUUGGAACUCCAGAGGAGCUACGCGCCAUGGUUGAUGAAGCACACCGACUGGGCAUUGUAGUUCUCCUAGAUGUUGUUCAUAGUCAUGCCUCUAAGAAUACAAAUGAUGGCCUCAACCAGUUUGAUGGCACAAAUGCUUGUUACUUCCAUGAUCUAGGCCGUGGAACUCAUGAAUUAUGGGAUUCUCGUCUAUUCAAUUAUACAGAGUUAGAAGUACUACGCUUCCUUAUGUCAAAUUUACGUUGGUGGAUUGAAGAGUACGGUUUUGAUGGUUUCCGUUUUGAUGGGGUUAUGUCUAUGCUGUAUCAUCAUCAUGGUUUGAUGACCAACUUUUCCGGUCAUUAUGGGGAAUAUUUUGGUCUAUCCGUAGACACAGAAUCAUUUACUUAUUUAAUGUUAGCUAACCAUUUUCUACACGAAAAGUAUCCAUUUAUUAUUACGAUUGCAGAAGAGGUUAGCGGCAUGCCUACUCUGUGUCGUCCAGUUUCCGAAGGUGGCGGUGGAUUCGACUAUCGAUUAGCUAUGGCUAUUCCUGAUAAAUGGAUUGAGCUUCUAAAGAAAUAUAAAGAUGAAGAUUGGAACAUGGGUAAUCUCGUCCAUACAUUGACUAAUCGACGUUAUGGUGAACCGAAUAUCGCAUACGCGGAAUGCCAUGAUCAAGCUUUGGUUGGUGAUAAGACAUUAUCCUUUUGGCUUAUGGACAAAGAAAUGUACUUCAGUAUGAGCACUUUAAGCCCUCCAAAUUUAAUUAUCGACCGUGGUAUUGCGUUACACAAGUUAAUACGUUUUAUAACACACACCUUAGGUGGCGAAGGUUAUCUCAACUUUAUGGGUAAUGAAUUUGGUCAUCCUGAAUGGUUGGAUUUCCCAAGAGCUGGGAAUAAUAGUUCGUAUCACUAUGCUCGCCGUCAGUGGAACUUGGUGGAUGAUCCAUUGUUGCGUUAUAAAUAUCUAAACAACUUCGAUAGAGCUAUGCAACAUUUAGAGGAGAAAUAUGGUUGGCUUGCAGCUCCACAGGCCUAUGUUAGUAGAAAGAAUGAAGGCGAUAAAGUUAUUGCGUUUGAACGUGCUGGAGUUUUGUUUGCCUUUAACUUUCAUCCUACUCAAAGUUUUACGGAUUACAAAAUUGGAGUCGAUACACCUGGACAGUACCAUAUUGUUUUGGAUUCCGACCAAGAGGAAUUUGGUGGCUUUAAACGAAUCGACCAAUCUGUUGAUGUAUUCACCCGCAACGAACCGUGGGAUAAUCGUCGAAAUUGUGUUUUUUUAUAUCUGCCAAGUCGUACUUGUAUGGCUUUAGCACUGCAAUAAAAAAGAUUUUCAUCACUAUACAAUACUUAAUUUAAUUACAACAAUAUCCAUUGAGUUGUUUUCUUUACUUAAAUUGUAUGUAGUGAUUUGCUUCAUUUUAUCUCCAUUUUGACUUUAAUUUAUAAAUUGUAACUUAGUUACAAAGUGCAAUUACAUUAUUUUCACAUGGAUAUCUUGGUAUUAUUUGAUGUUAUCUGCUGUGAAGUUUCUACAUUAGACUGUUUUACUACACUCAUAAGUUCAUCAUCAAGAUAGUGUAGAAUAGGAGCAUGAUUUAACGUCUGUUCUUUGUUGACAGUGUAUUUCUUAUUUUGGGGAGUGGUUUGCAUUUUAGUUUCAUAGUUUAUAAUUUUCGGUAUUAGAACUGACUCAUGUGUUAAGGUAGACAAUUAUUGGCCUCAUCAUAUUUCGUUUAUCUCUUUACAGUCUUAUAAAUUGUUUUAUUUGUCGUUAAUUCUUUGAGCCUGACUCGUUACAUUAAAUGUUAGGGAUUUUGCAACAGUAUUCAUUUUGUCUGAUAUCAGAAUCUACAAUAUUUAGUUUGCCACUUGUUAUUUGACAAUAUUUAAGUAAAUAAUAAUUAUUUUACACUUAGCUUUCCGAUUAUCAAGAUUUUAGACAAGGCAUUUAGUAGAGUUAACUAUCAGCAUUUUCAACAAAUAGGUUUAUUUCGUAUGUAAAUUUUAAUUUGUAAUUUUUAAUGCUUAAUCGAGGUGAAGUUUUACCAUUUUCGUUAUAUCACAAGGAUAUAUACUUAACUUUAGUGUCUCGCUCAUUAUGACACUAACAAUAGUGAUAAUUUUUGACUUGUAACUAUUGAGCCUGAUAAAAAAGUUAUCAAAAACGAUCGUUCGCUCAACUAUUCUUUUUUCUUAUACAUUUCAAGUCAACAGAGUGCUUGACAAAUCAGAUAGAAAAUUCACAUUUUUAAUUAAAUGUUCAGCACCUUAUUGGUAGCUAUUGGGAUUAGUUAUUUUGACCUGGAACUAAUCGGGGUUUUCAGCUUAAAAGCAUGUGUUGUUUGUAUGUUUCAGAAUAUAGACGAAAAUGUUAUACUCAAUCGAUACUGAAAUUUAUUUGUUUACCACUAGCUCUGUUUUCUCCAAGAAAGGUCAUUAACUCACAAUUAUUGAUUCUAUAGUUCUGAGAGUGAUGAUCAGUUUAAUUCCCUAUACAUGUAUACCAAAUGUACUGUUUUUCCUCGUAGUCAAAAUUACAUAUUGAUUAAGAACAGAUCAGUGGAACAGUUUUCUACCUUAACCUUUAAUGAUGGCUGAGGCAAAUACUAGGAAAAAUCUAAUCAAUACUAUCUGACUGUAAUUUUAAGAAUUAUAGAAAUUUUCACGAAGUUUCUUUUGUUGUAGUAAGUUAGGUUGAAGUAUCGUUGGUAAUCAAGAGAUACCAUAGUUCGGUUGGUAAAAGUUCCUCAAAUCUUGAUUAACCUUAUAAUUACGUCCAAAACGUCUUAUACAUGCUUUCUGAUAAGAUUAAGGGUAUCGGAGUCAGUACUACGGCUAAAUCGUGAUAUUAGAUUUCAGACGAUUGUGAUAGACAAGGACUGUUAGAGUGGAUCCCCUUUAACAGUCGUUUAUGUGCCGUUCGGCUAAACGACUCCGUAAGAACUCGGAAGGAUAGGGACACAGGUCGUUGCCUUUUUGUCGUUUCUGCCUACGCUCCCACCGACUGCAGCUCAGAUGAAGUGAAAGAUGAAUUUUACAGAAAGCUAUCUGGACUAAU